GCCUCCAUCCCCGUAUAGAGUUUAUGCCUGCAAGCUCAAGCGGUCACUUACACUCGCGCCAUACCAGUCACUCUCUUCUAAGCUUCAGAAGCCAUGAAAGCACCAAGAUUAUGCUAACCUAAUCAGGACCACAAUGCUCGGAUAACAACCCCAAUUGCCUGAAAUCACACCCCCAACCCCAGAAAAAUGAGAUAUUUACGGUUCAUUUCCCCACAAUUUUCUCAUAUUCACAAAACCCUAAACCCCCAAAGCCCUCCUCUAUCCUCUCUCCAAUCAAAGCCCCAGAUUUGUUCUCAUUUCGUGUGCAAUUACACUACUGCUGCACCGGAGCAACGGCCACCUCCGUCCGGGACGGUAUCGGCGAUCGCGGAUGAGAUCUCGGGCCUGACUUUGCUCGAAGUCUCGGACCUCACGGAGGUUCUGAGGGAGAAAUUGGGCAUAAAGGAGAUGCCGGUGAUGGCGAUGAUGAUGCCGGGGAUGGGAUUUGGGGGCUUGAAAGGCCCCGGCAAGGGCGGUCCGGCGGCGGCUAAAGGCGAGGAGAAGGUGGAGAAGACGGCUUUUGAUGUAAAGCUCGAUUCUUUUGAUGCUGCAGCGAAGAUCAAAGUGAUUAAGGAGGUGAGGACGUUUACGAGUUUGGGGCUGAAGGAGGCCAAGGACUUGGUGGAGAAGGCGCCUACGCUGUUGAAGAAGGGGGUUACGAAAGAGGAGGCAGAUUCGAUUGUCGCGAAGAUGAAGGAAGUUGGUGCCAAAGUUUCUAUGGAGUGAGGAGGAGAUAAGGAUGAAGAAGUUCCAAGUUCAGGUGGCAAGGAUUGUUAAAAUGUAGAGUAGCAAAAUAGUGGUUCAUCACACCGGAUGUGCAAUUGACAUAGUCUCACAGAAGACUACUGCUGAUCUUCAUGACGCAAAGCAAUCUUUAGUAGAACUGCUUUGCUUAUCUUUCUUUGAGUUAGAUAGAGUAAUGUAUCUGCAGAAGCUUUGUGUCAUAUUUUUAACAAUCAAUUCAAUCGUUUCAGUUA